UAUUGAAGAAGGUUAGGAACAUGUUCGCUCUUCUCAGGAGUAAAGCUCAAGGAAUGUGUAGCUUCAAUGCACACAGAAGGGGAUUGCCCUAAAUGUUUUCAUGACAUUCAGGUGAGAGAUACAGUUACACAAGCGACCUCUAGUGGCCUAGAUCCAUUUUCUCGUCUCACCUUUGUGUGUAAAAGGAAAAGCUCUCGUUAUUACAGUGUAGUGGCCAGUGCUCGCGCAGACGACUGUGUCUCAGCUUCCUGCUUAAGCCGACAUGGACAACUCGUGUACGACCAGGCAAAAGCCUGAACAGACCAGGGAUGAAGUGGAAACAGGUCCGAAGGACCCUAAAACAGAUGUCAACAACACGGCUCAACGCAUAUACUUCCGUCGUGAUGGCCACAGUGACAGUCUGAAGGACCCUAAACCAGACGACAACAACACGGUUCAACGAGCGGCAGGUCAGACAAUCCUCCCACGACCUUCCAGAUGGGGUGAUGGCGACAGUGACAGUGACAGUGUGUGUAUUACUCUAUUUAUUGAUGACAUUACACGAUGGCCUCUGAUUUCCAAGUCAGCGGGGGUUCUUUCGUUAUUUAUUUUUCUCUAAAACACAUAAACAAACACGUAUGUACGCACGCAAACACAAACAAACAAAUGCAUGUACACAAACAACUUAAGUAAGAGAAAUCGCUAUUUGCUUAAUAACAAUCAUCAUCAUGAUUAUCAUUAUAUA